AUAAACAGAAAAAGACAACUCAGAUUUCUUAAAAUAAAUGUGGAAACUUGUGUUAGGAGUUGCCAGGCAUGGAGGCUCACAUCAGUAAAAUAGGAACUUAGGCAGAGGCAGGAGGAUCACUGUGAAUUAUGACACCAGUCAGAUUUAUAUCGUGAGUCCGAGGUCAUCAAGGACUAUACAACAAAACCCUAUCUCAAAGAAACCAAAAGUUGCUGGGCUAAGGAGGUGGCUCAGUGAGUAGUGUUGGAUGUGCAAGCAAGAGGAGCUGAGUUCAAGUCCCCAAUACUCAAGUAAAAGCUGGGUGUGGCUACAGGAGUACUUCUAACCCCAGCAUUACAUGAAACAGAUACAAGAGGAUCACUGGGGCGUGUUGGCUAUCAGUCUCCUAGCUCCAGGUUCAGUGAGAGACACUGUAUCAAGAGAAUAAGGUAGAUAUUGAUGGAGCAGGACACCCCAAAUCGUCGUCUGGCUUACACACACACACACACACACACACACACACACACACACACACACACACACACACACAAAUACACAGAGACAGACAGACAGACACACACACACACACUGAGCACACCACAUAUACACUCACACACCAAACUGAAAAGCUGGCCACUCAGGAACAAGUUUUAAUUUAAAGAAACUGAAACUUAGUAGGGGUAGGGGAUGUAGUUCAGCUGGCAGAGUGCUUGCCUAGCAUGAACAAAGCACUGUGUUCUAACUCCAGCAAUGCAUACAGUAGCACGUGUCUGCAAUCCAGCACUAGAGAGGUGGAGGCAAGAUCCGAACGUCAAGGUCAUCCUCAGCUACAUAGUGAGUUUGAAGCAAGCCAGAGCUACAUGUUUCAAAUAACAGCAGCAGCAACAUUACAAUCUAACUGGGAGAAGAGAGGUAUAUAAUUUUACUAAAAGAGAUGUAUAUAAUUUUGCUAAAAUUAAAACAUUUAAAGUAGCAAUAUGUAAUUCACUUUUAUGUUAAUAUAUAUGUUAAUAUAUGACCCACUCUGUUUUGGUCCUGCUAAGAGUCCCUUAAAAAACUGUGUGUGUAUGCGUGCACACACCAUGGGGUGAGGAUGGGGUCAAAGGACAACUUGCAGGAGUCUCCCCAUGUGGACCCCAGGACAGAGUGUCAGGUUGUCAUGCUUGGUGUUAGGCAUCUUACUCCAGCCAUCUCACUGGCCUUCCUAGAUUUAAUUACAGUUGAUGUGUAAGGGACAGGGGAAAUAAUUUUAGCUAUAAGAUGUUUGCUUGUUUGUUAAUAACUGAGGAGAAAAGCUGAGAAACUGCUUGCACUGGGCAGGAGGGAACAAAGUCUCACGAGGGCUGGCUCUAGUAUAGAAAUGGAUUUUGUUGACAAAUACAAUUCUAGAAGAGUUCUAGAACUGAGAUGAGGGGUCAACAUCAUAAGAGAUGGAAACUGACCAAUCCCAUAGCAACAUCCACUCACCUCAUCAGCCCCUGCUCUAGAGACUUUCUCAUGGGGAACAUAACCAAGAGGGGAAGUAGAGACCUCGUGGAGGACAGUGCCAUGCUGCUGGAGGACAGUUCAGUCGCUACACUGCACUCUAGACUUUAUGAGGCCAUACUCAAGGAAGACUGUAACAUAAUCAAGACACUCCUCAGAACCCACCCUGUCAACCAGCCCUUGACCAUCCUGGCCAACCCCACCAGCAGACUAAUUCUGAGCCAGCAGACUCGGGCUAUCUUCCCCAUCCAUCUGGCCGCCGAAUACCGCAAGCCACAAAGUUUGCUUUGCUUGUUACAACACGGGGCUGACACAGAAGUAAGGGACGCUCAAGGCCUCACCACUCUUCACCAGAUGCUGCUAAACUGGCCAAUCACUUCUACCACGUGGACCAAACCCAGUACCCAGAUCCAAAAGAUCCUGACAGACAUUCAGAACAAUGCUGUCAUGUGUCUGCGCAUUUUGUGUGAACAUGGAGCUCAAGUGAAUGCCCGGGUAGACAACAGCAACAAGCAUUCACCCCUGCACCUGGCCAUAACAUAUGGCUCCUAUCCAGUUCUCUCCCUCUUGGCCCAAAAUGGUGCCCAGGUCAAUGCUACUAAUGAAGCCAGCAUGACGCCGCUCCACAUGGCUGCAGAAAUACUGGACAAAAACAUGAUAGAGACACUCAUUGCCUGUGGGGCCAACGUGAACUGUGCCAUCUCCUCGACUGGAAACACGGCUCUGAAGCUGGCAGUGUGCACCGCAUCAAGCAAAGCUGGCCAACUGCUGGCAGCAGGAGUGGGCUGCAUCCGUCUGCUGCUGAGUCAUGGAGCCCAGGUCAAUGCCCAAGACCAUGAAGGCCAAACAGCUCUGCACAAGGCAUGUUUUGGAGGCAGAGAGGUAAUAAUCAAUCUCUUGCUGGAAUUUGAAGCAAAUGUUAACAUUUUAACAAAAAAUGGGGAAUCUCCAAUUUAUAUGUACCUUCAGCGCAGUUCCAAUAUCAGAGAUAUAACGCUUCUGGCUAGGCUACUUUAUCGCACUUACCCUUUAAGACUGAGCAAUAAGCAAGGGCUUCUACCUGCAGGAAUCAUGCUACCAGAAUUCCACCUCCUAAGGGAAACUCUAAUAAAGUUAGCAAAAAAACCUUUAUCCCUAGAGGCCAUCUGUAAGAGAAACAUCAGGAAUGUUUAUGGUGAGAAGUACAAAUUCCACCUGAAGAAACUUCUCCCUGGGAAGCUAUGGAACUCCAUAUAUACCUUCUAUGACUUUGACUACCUCUUGAAAUGAGAGCUCCACACCCUCAGUCCAGAGAAUCUCAGCAACUCAAACUGUUUUCUGGCUAGACAUGGACCAGAAAACACUUGAACUUCACUUUACAUUGCAAUGCACACACUAUUGGCCCUUAAUCCCUUCCCAAAACAUUAAAGUGACUUGCACAUUAA